CCUGGAGGAAGAGUAAGAGUGAGACCGAGAGCGAGAGUGAGAGAGGACUGACUCCCGGCCGGAUUUAGGAUUGAGAGCGGAUCCCGCGCAGCACAGCGCCGGCGUCCGGGCAGGAGAGCCGAGCCGAGGGGGACCACGGACCCACCAAGCGGAGCAGGGAUCCUCGGAGCGCCCCUUUCCCUCCUCUUCUCCGUCCCCGGCUCGGUUUCUGCAAAGCCGCAGCCCCGGCUGCGAUGGGAACCGGCUACCUGCUAGGAGCGCACUGCUGAGACCCGGGCCUGGUUCCAUUGGGGGGACGACUGUUCCUCAUAACUUUCCAUCAGGAACUAUGAAGAGCAACCGAGCCCAGAAGGGCGGAGGCGGCAAAAAGGACCUCAGCGCCGGGCUUAAGUACAGCCACCAAUCUCAGAAUAUAAAUGUCUUUGAAGAAGGAGUGGAAUUCUUGCCAGCUAACAAUUCAAGGAAGGUGGAAAAAAGAGGACCGAAGCGCUGGAUUGUGCUGCUUGCAUUGGUGAUCUUCUUCAUCCUUCUUUCCCUUAUGGUUGGAAUUCUGGUGUGGCAUUUUAAUUAUCAAAAUGCAUGGGUGCAGAAGAUCUUCAAUGGCUACCUGAGGAUUACAAAUGAGAACUUUAUAGAUGCCUAUGAGAAUUCCAACUCCACAGAAUUUGCACACCUGGCCAACAAGGUUAAGGAAGCGCUAAAGGUUUUAUACAAUGGAAUCCCAGCCCUUGGGCCCUUCUAUAAGGAAUCUGGAAUAACGGCCUUCAGUGAGGGCAGUGUCAUUGCCUACUACUGGUCAGAAUUCAGUGUCCCCCAGUAUAAGGCAGAGGAAGUUGAGCGAGCCAUAUCAAAAGAAUAUGUCCUGUCCCUGCCUCCCAGGUCCCGAGCUCUGCAGUCCUUCAACGUGGCUUCCAUUGUGGCUUUCCCCACUGAUGCCAGAACACUACAAACAACACGAGACAACAGCUGCAGCUUUUCCCUACAUGCCCGGGAUAAUGAGGUGAUCAGCUUCACCACCCCCGGAUUCCCAGACAGCCCCUAUCCAGCCCGUGCCCGCUGCCAGUGGGCACUGCGUGGAGAUGUUGGCCAGGUGCUGAGCCUUACCUUCCAAACUUUUGAUGUUGCACCGUGUGAUGAUGAUGGGAGUGAUUUGGUCAUGGUGUAUGACUCCCUGAGCCCUGUGGAACCUCGUGCUGUGGUACAGCUGUGCGGCGUUUACCCUCCGUCCUACAACCUGACCUUCCUCUCCUCUCAGAAUGUCAUGCUCGUCACGCUCAUCACCAACACUGUGCGGCGUCAUCCCGGUUUUAAGGCCGAAUUCUUCCAGUUGUCCAAGAUGAUGGAAUGUGGAGGUCACCUAACUGGAGUGCAGGGGACAUUCAGUACUCCCUACUACCCAGGCCACUACCCCCCAAAUAUUGACUGCACGUGGGAUAUUGAGGUCCCUGCUGACCAAAAUGUCAAGAUUCGUUUCAAAAUUUUCUAUCUGGUGGAGCCUCACAAAACCUUGGGGACCUGCACCAAGGACUAUGUGGAAAUCAAUGGGGAAAAGAUCUGUGGAGAGAAGCUACAGUUUGUUGUGUCCAGCAAUAGCAACAAGAUCACUGUCCAUUUCCACUCAGACGAGUCCUAUACUGACACAGGUUUCUUGGCCGAGUACCUCUCUUAUGACUCCAGUGAUCCCUGUCCUGGCAUGUUCACCUGCAAAACGGGGCGCUGUAUCAAUAACGCUUUGCGCUGCGAUGGCUGGGCAGACUGCACAGACUUCAGUGAUGAGCUUGAGUGUGUGUGCAACUCAACCUUCCAGUUCACUUGCAAGAACAAAUUUUGUAAGCCCCUCUAUUGGGUCUGCGAUGGCCUGAAUGACUGUGGGGAUAACAGUGAUGAGCUUCAGUGCAGUUGCCCAGAAGGGAACUUCAGGUGUGGCAAUGGAAAAUGCAUCCCUGAGAGCCAGAAAUGUGAUAAGCAGGAUAACUGUGGAGAUGGGAGUGAUGAAGCCGAGUGUGAUAGUGUCUGGACCGUCCCCUGCACCAAAUACACAUACAAGUGCCUCAGUGGAGUGUGUCUGAGCAAAAAGAACCCGGAGUGUGAUGGGAAGAAAGACUGCAGCGAUGGCUCGGAUGAGAAGAACUGUGAUUGUGGACUCCGGUCCUUCAGCAGACACGCGAGGAUUGUUGGAGGCCAGAACUCAGACGAAGGAGAGUGGCCGUGGCAGGUGAGCCUCCAUGCAGAGGGUGAGGGUCACCUCUGUGGGGCGUCAGUAAUCUCCUCCACCUGGCUUGUCUCUGCAGCCCACUGCUUCGUUGAUACGCCAAGAAAAAGAUACUCUCAGCCCACCCAAUGGAAAGCCUUCCUGGGUCUGCAUGACCAGAGCAAGCGCAGCGUCAAGGGGGUGCAGGAGAGGGGCUUCAAGCAGAUCAUCCGCCACGCUGCCUUCAACGACUUCACCUUCGACUAUGACAUUGCUGUCCUGGAGCUGGACAAGCCCGUCGAGUUCAGCUCUGUAAUUCGGCCCAUCUGCCUGCCUGACUCGUCCCACACUUUCCCCGCGGGCAAGGCCAUCUGGGUGACGGGCUGGGGGCACACGAAGGAGGGAGGCACGGGGGCACUGAUCCUCCAGAAGGGGGAGAUCCGAGUGAUUAAUCAGACCACGUGCGAGUCCCUGCUGCCCAAUCAGGUGACCCCCCGCAUGAUGUGCGUCGGUUUCCUCAAUGGGGGUGUUGACUCUUGCCAGGGUGACUCGGGGGGCCCUCUCUCCAGUGUGGAAAAUGAUGGACGAAUGUUCCUGGCUGGGGUGGUGAGCUGGGGUGACGGCUGCGCUCGGCGGAAUAAGCCAGGGGUCUACACGAGAACCCCCAUUCUCCGGGACUGGAUUAAAGAGCAGACGGGAGUAUAGGGCUUGUAAAUGUGCUGGCCUCUUCUCACACAUUCACAGGAAUAUGGAGAGUAGACCAAUGGACUCAUCCCUCCUUUGAGAUCCCUCCAGGAUAUGAACUCUAUCCUCUUGUCUCCGAGGGUCACAAAUCUACCUGGGGAACCUCAAACUUGCCUCUGGUCCAGCCCAGCCUCACCCCCCAAACUCCCAGGACUGUGUCUCAGCUGACUGUUUGAUUUCCCUCUGACCCCGUCCCUGAGCCUGGACCUGAGAGACGUCCCUCAGCCUUCUCCUUUCUCCCCAAGGAGAACUCUGGGAGUCUCCCCCUUUGCUGAGACGGGGGAUAUCCCAUGUGAGCAGUGCCCAUGGCCAGGGGGCUCUGGGCUGGGGAGCUAGAGUCUUGCCUGGAACUGAAGAAAAUGAGUUCCAGGAAGCUGAACAUUUUCCCCGACUCCCAGUUGUUAUGUGUCUGUGUAUAGUUUUUAAUACUUUUAAAUUAAUAAUUUUAUACCAGAGUUGAUUUUCCUCCUCUACUCCAGUUGAGAAAUGCUUUUCUUAGACCUAUGCACUCUUGGGGGGUGAGGUUGGGGGUGCACAGCAGGGCUGGAUUGUGUGAUUCACAUGGAGAAGAUCCCCAGGCUUCCCUUAUUCUCCAAGCUCUGCAAUCUCUCUUGCGGUACCUUAGAAGAUCAGAAAUUCUGUAGGCUUCAGAGAAUAAAAGGGUGCUUGGGGGGGGCACCUGCCUGGAGCUUGGUCACACACUCAGAAGUUUCUCUAGGAAGCACUGGGCCAUCUGCUUCUUGAGGCUUUUGUUUGAGAAGGGGAGGUCCCUGCUCUGAGAAGGGAUAAAUAAUGGUACAUUUGGGUGCUGGCUGCUGUCCUGCAUGGGAAUGGGCCAUUGGUUCCAUUCACAGACUAAGUGAUGUUCUUGGACCAAAGAGAAGCAAUAUCUUCUUGUUGGAAUUUUGACACCCUCAGCCUCCUUUGCCCCCACCCUUUGGAUUUUCUCUGUUUCCUUAUUUUAAAACUUUCUCGGCUUUUGUGCUGGGAUGGCCCACUGAAGGUGUGUGUUGGCCGAUGCUCCUCAGAGCCAGAGAAGAGUUCAAUUCAAUUAAAAUCAACAGAUGUUUUUAAAGGAAUUGAUGUGUGGAGAACACAGUGCUUGGGACUAGGGGAGGUAUAUAGUUUAAAUUAAACAAUCCAUGAUCUCCUGGAGCUUACAGAUGUAGCAGAGACUGGGUGGCCCUUGUACCCAAGGGUCUGGAAACAACCUCCUGUUUUUCUUCUCAGCUCAGUCCGACCCCUUGUUCUUUUUCUGCUGGGUCUGGGGGAAAGGGAGAUGGCCAUGGUUCUGUCCACACCAGACCCCACAAAGCACCUGGGUUGAUAAAUGUGUAUGAAUGGGGCCCAGGAUAAGGAGGGGACUUUGCUCUGCAAUAGCAGGGAGAGAGGGUGGAUAAUAGGAAGAAUCAGAAAAUUAUUUCCAAAGAAAUGACUUAAUAUGUACAGUUUAUUGCAAUUGUUGCUUUGUUCUUGAUAAAGGCCCUAUUCAAAUGUAUUUAAGGUACCAGAACCCCAGGGAAGUUAAUGGGGACCAAAUGUACAUUAAAGGGGGAAAGUUUUAUAUGA